CAUCAAGCUGCGACAGCGCCGUAGGCGGUUAUGACGAGUUUAUCCCCCGUCUGACAUAUGUGUCAAAUUAAAAGACCCGACAGCGGUGUUAGGGGACACCAUUCCGUAAAACAAUAUGCUUAUAAGAUGUUAAUUCAGACAUUGAAUCGACACGUUUGUAACUAAUCGAACUAUUAUGGAUUUGUUCGGAGUUAUGGACGCGGUUCUAUAUAUUUGCAGAAUUGUUUACGUCGAAAGCUUCUGUCUGAAGGUAAGCACAUUCUACAGUAUAAUAACCGUCAACACACGUUAUCGACAUUUACUGACUGCUUAAAACGUUAGUUUGCCUCGUGUUAAUGAUCAGACUGUCAAAGUGUUUUCGGGCAAGUCAUUCUGAUAAAAGGCACAACUCGCUUUUGUGUUGUUUUUGUCAUUCGAUAUCCUAAUUCUGUAUGUAUUCAUCUACUCAUUCUAUUCGGAUUAUUACCACAUAUGCAAUUUAAAUGAUAGUCCGUGCUAAAUAUCACCGAAAUUGAAAUAACCUUGACUUACCUUGACCCAUAAUAACUGCAAGAGGAAACUAUACAUGAAUUCUGAGGACAUUCAACACAUUAAUAAGGUAAUAAAAUGUUAUAACGCAGAUUUUCUUGUAUACUGUUUCCGAUUUUUCUUGACAAUUUUAUGUGUUAUAAGAGAGAGGUGUGGAGAUUAGGGAAGGACAUCAACAUUGUUUUUGGCACAAUAAUGAGAUGGGUUCAUCUAUGGUUAUGCAAAUUUUGAUAUUUGUGGACAUCACUGUCAAUUAUAGUGAAACAAUUGUGUAGUGAGACAAACCUGUGGCAUCAAGUGUUCAUGCACUCACAUACUGUACAGUAGGUCAAAUAGCAAGUGUGAAAAUAUCUAGUAACUGAAAUCAUAUCGUGUUCAUUCAAUGAGACAUGGAAGAAAGAAAAAAAAGCCCCCAGCUUUCUAAUGGCUUUAGCUGAGGCAGAGGUUUUGUGAUGUGUUUACUUCCUAUCAUCAGCAUUGAUGCCACUGAUGCUGCUGGACGGGGAUUAGCUGUUUCCCCAGACUUGGAGCUGAUCUAAUGCAUGCAGUCAGUGAGUGGAUGAAUGUCAGAGCAACUAGUUUUACCGUCACCCAAAGGACCCCAUGUCUUUCCUGCACACUCGAGGACUCCCAACAUGUCUAUCUUAUGGAGACAUUUAGGACUGUUCCUGCAUCUCCCACACUCAGGUCCAGCCCAUGGACAUAGAGGAGCACUAUGAAGACAGCAGCCACCAGUUUCUGAGCUCAGACACUUCUGAAUAUACCCUGCAGGGUCCAUCAAGCAGUGAUGACAUCACAGGACUGUCAGCUGAGCCAGCUCACUACCAGAUUCUUGCUGAGCUAGGGAGGGGCUUUAACAGCCUGAGCCUGGUGAACCUGGCUCGUCACACCCCGACAGGUCAGAUGGUGGCCAUCAAACGGACCAAUCUGGAUGAGUGCACCGAGGAGGAGCUGCUUCACCUCAUGAAUGAAGUUUUGCUCUCCAGGCUGUUCCGUCACACAAACUUGCUGACCUCUCGUCUGGUCUUCAGCUCGUGUAGUCAGCUGUGGGUCCUCACACCUCUCAUGUCUUACGGUUCUGCAGACUCUUUACUGAGAACUUACUUCCCUGAUGGAAUGAGUGAGUCAUUAAUCGCAUAUCUACUGUUUGGUGUGCUGAAAGCCUUGGAGUACUUGCACCGUAUGGGCUAUGUUCACAGAGGUGUGAAGGCCAGUCAUAUCCUGCUGUCAGAAGAUGGCCAUGUCUACCUAUCAGGGCUCCAUAGUAUUUACAGCUUGAUGCGUGACGGCAAGCGGAUGAGAGCCGUAUUUGACAUGCCCCACCACAGCCCCGCCCAGCUGCCCUGGCUCAGCCCGGAACUACUGCGACAGGAUCUGCAUGGGUACGGUGUGAAGUCAGACAUCUACAGUCUGGGCAUUGUAGCUUGCGAGUUGGUCAGUGGCAGGGUGCCCUUCCAGGAUAUGCCACCCACUCAGAUGCUCCUUCAGAAGUUGCGCGGCUCUCACUGCUGCCUUCUGGAUAUUGCCCCCUUCCCACUGGGCGAGCUUGGGGGACUUAAAGUGUCUCGCUCUGGAAUUGACUCUGGAAUUGGGGAGAGUGUAGUCACUGGAAGUCUGACCCACAGCGCCACUGCCCCACCCACCGACAGACCUCAGAGCCCUGGACCUAAAAAUCACUCGGCCACUCUGCACAACCUGGUGCAGCUGUGCCUACAGCAGCAACCAGAGAGAAGGCCGUCUGCAUCGACACUGUUGACCCACGCCUUCUUUAAACAGGUGAAGAGACACACCAGAGACUCUUUUCUUAGCCUUAUGUACCCAGCAGCUCCUCUCACCAGCCCUGAGGAUCCUCCAGUGUCCUGCCCUCCCGGCUGCUCUGACCACACUUCCACUCCGACCGUGGGGGACACAGCAGAGUCUGUGUGGGACUUCUCCUAACUGGCUUCUAAUUGUUUUUCUUUGCAAGCCAAAACUAUACACAACAAUACAGUGAAAGGCCAAACCCUACUGUGCUUGUAUUUUCAAUCCUAUAUAGUCUUAGAAUUAUUUUAUAUAAUGAUAAGAUAAUCCUUUUAAUGGUUUAUUUCAUUGUUGCACAUUUGAAUUGAGGGAGUUGAGGUGGAUUGAGGUUUGUUUUAAUAAUACGUUUUUUUUUAUUGUUAAAAUAGUAAUAGAGUAAUGUGAAUCUCAUGCUGUGACCAAUCAAACAAUAUGAAUUCAAAGUAUACUGGGUACUAUCUAUGUUCAUUGUUAUGAAGUGGUCCUGAAUAAUGUGAAGGUAUUUAAAGUUAAAAAUACACAGGGUCAUUCAUACAAUGUGGAUCUAUCGAGUUUCAUCUCAUAUUUUGCCAUUCAGUUUUUAUCCAAUUGAACACAUGCGAAAACAAUGUAAAUACAUUUGUUGCUGUAUGUUUCAUGAGUUGUAAAAGAUGCCUCAUAGCAGCGAGGACAAACCUAAGAUGUAGAGGAUUGCUUGUCUCAAAAGCUGUGAGUAGAUGCAGUAAUAUAUCUAUGAACAAUCUAUUUUACUGUUCUGUGACCACUUAAGGCCUUUAUGUUAUCAUUCAAAGUAUGAUAAUGUUAUGUGUAACUGUGAAUAAAUGUGCUAUGUAGUUGGCUGGACAUAUCAAACAUGGUAGCUAUUUGAGCCUUAUUUUAAACUAUAUAUACUAUAUAUUCUUGUAUAUGCAAAUGUGACUUUAAAUAACCUGUCUUGUUUCUGUUUUUUAUGUUGUUUAUUUAAAUAUAUAUUUUUUAAAUGCUACUUUCAUUUUGAUAAACAUUGUCAUUUCAAUUCAUUGAAAUGUUUCUAUUUCCCUCCUCGUUUCAACCAUGAGUUUGUUUUCAUGCCAAGCCUGGAGCUGAUAGUUACCAACCAGU